AUUCGCGAAUUGUCGGCCUGCCGUUGGUGGACUGCUGGACGCGGACGCGACGGCGAGGUGACCCGAUGACGUGCGCAGCGUAGCAGCAGCCAACAGUGGACUCCCCGACGCCCUGCCCGGCUGUCCCGUCUCGACCACCAGCACCAGUUCAGCCCAUCCACCGCCACCACCUCAGACGCUCCUAGUCACCACUCGCUGUCCUCGGCUUCUCCUAAAAGCUCGACGCGAUGGCGACGCUGGUGCGGCCGCCCGCGCUGCACGUCCGCGCCGUGAGCGGCGGCGGGAACAAGGACAGGGUGGCGCCGCAGCGGCCUUGGUGGGGCGGGAACAAGCCCAUCUCACCGCGCCAGUCGGGCGGGAGCGGGGCGCGAGGAGGCGCGGGCGGCGGCGGCGUCGCGCUGGACCAGGUGCUAGGUGUGCUCCGCCGCGACGGCGAAUUCGUCCAGGCCGCCGUCGGCGCCCCGCUCCGCGACGUCUUCUGGCUCCGCUUCCUUGAGAAGAAGCAGCGGAAGCAGCAGCAGCCGAGACCUAAGCACAAGCCUUUCCGGCAGCAGCAGGAAGAGGAGGAGGUGGUAGUGGUGGACGAGUCGCCCCCGGCCUUCCCGCCCCCCUCGUACCCGUCAGGGUUGUCGUGCGUGGAGCUAAUGGCGGCCGACUUCCAGGCCCUCAAGGUGUACGCCGGUAGCGCGCGGCACUCUCUCGCGCGCCGAUUCCUCGGUAGCAAUAGCAAGGGAAAGUCUGAACAGCAACCUAAACCCAAACCCCAGGAGCAGCAGAAAGAGCAGCAACAUAUACUUCAGGCCCCAGCCUUCCCUCCGCCCUCCUACCCACCAGGAUUAUCCUGUAUGGAGUUGAUGAUGGCUGACCUUGAAGCCCUGAAACUGUACAUCAACUACUAUUCGGCCAUCCUGACUACGCCGCUCCCCCAGCAUUAUGAUCCUGACCUCCUUGCCCAGUACUUCGCCUCACGUCCGCAUAUCCUUGCCUCUCGCGUCAUUCAGAUACUCUUCACAUUUCUCUCAGCUGUGGUGAAGAUGCGGAUUUCAAAAAGAGCUCAGUUAACCACAGAUGCUACCUAUAGUAGUGGUAACAGCGGCAACGGGUUUGAUGAUACUCAAUAUAUGGUCGGCCAACUUCUCAAGGAGACAUUUCUUAACCUUGGGCCUACUUUUAUUAAAGUUGGACAAUCACUUUCUACAAGACCUGAUAUCAUAGGUUCAGAGAUUUGUGAGGCCCUUGCUGAGUUGCAUGAAAGGGUUCCUACUUUCCCAAGAGAGGAUGCAAUGAAGAUCAUUGAGGGAGAAUUUGGGUGCCCUGUGUCGCAUAUGUUCAGUUAUGUUUCAGAUGAGCCUGUAGCAUCUGCUUCCUUUGGACAGGUCUACCAGGGGCGCACAGUUGAUGGUUCUCUUGUUGCAAUAAAGGUUCAGCGGCCAGACCUUCUACCUUCUGUACUGAGAGACAUCUAUAUUCUACGCCUUGGGCUUGCUUUCAUACGGAAGAUAGCCAAGCGAAGAAGUAACAUUUCUCUUUAUGGUGAUGAGUUGGGUAGAGGUUUCGUCGGCGAGUUGGACUACAAUAUUGAAGCUGCUAAUGCUACCAAAUUUAUGGAGGUUCAUUCCAGAUAUCCUUUCAUGCUAGUUCCUAAGGUUCUUAAACAACUUACUCGAAAGAGGGUUUUAACAAUGGAGUGGGUGGCUGGUGAGAACCCCAAGGAUUUGCUUUCUUUGUCUAAAGGAGUUUCUGAAAAAUUUACUCAAGCUUCAGAUAAUCAGAAGUUGGAAGCAAAAUCUCGCCUUCUUGACCUGGUCAAUAAAGGUGUAGAGGCAUCGCUAGUGCAGCUUCUUGAGACAGGCUUGUUGCAUGCUGAUCCUCAUCCUGGUAACUUGCGUUAUACUCCUGAAGGCCGUGUUGGGUUUCUAGAUUUUGGUUUGCUGUGCAUGAUGGAGAGGAAACAUCAGCGUGCUAUGCUUGCAAGCAUAGUGCACAUAGUAAAUGGUGAUUGGGCUUCCGUCGUUUAUGAUUUGACUGAAAUGGAUGUAGUUCCACCAAAAACCAAUCUACGUCGUGUGACAAUGGUGCUUGGAAAAAUUUGGUCUGUGGCAUUUAAAUAUCACUUCCGUAUGCCACCUUACUACACACUUGUUCUCCGGUCACUUGCCUCUUUGGAAGGACUAGCCGUGGCAGCAGAUGGGACUUUCAAAACAUUUCAAGCAGCAUACCCAUAUGUUGUUCGGAAGCUUCUGUCCGAAAAUUCACUUGAAACAAGAAGACUCUUGAAUCAGGCAAUUUUUAACAAAAGGAAAGAGUUCCAAUGGCAGAAGAUUGACGCGUUUCUAAAAUUGGCUUCAGCAAGGACCAACUUCAAGUAUAACAGUGAAGUUUUGCCAGAGCCUGACAUGAAGUCCAUGAAUGUGGCUAGCCUUGUGGAGAUCAGUGAUGCAUAUUCACUUGACCGUGCUAUAGCUACACCAGAGAGAGCAUUGCAUACUGCAAACCUGUGUGUGAGGCUUUUAUUAUCUAAGGAGAGCAUUGUGAUUAGGAGACUUAUUAUGACAGCGAAUGCAAAAUCUCUUGCCCGUGAUCUGAUCUCCAGAGAUGCUUUGAUGUUCCGGGUGCUCCUUAGUAAGGUUAUUGCGGAUGUUGUCUACCAAUGGAUGUUGAGUGCCACAGGCUUGAAACGAGUUAUGGAGACCAAGAUCCAGACGCCCAUGACCACAGGAAAGAACGAGGGACAUCUGGUGCUGGCUGAAGAACCAUCGACCCUGAUGGUACUCCAGGCGGCAGUAAAAGACCGAAGGAUUCAGCUCAUGUUCACCAAGUUUGUGAGGGAGUUGAGAGAGGAGCCCGUCUUGAUGAUUAGGGUGAGCUGGAACGUGUUCCUCAUCUCGGUCUCAUCUGCCGCUGUAGGCCUGCACCGUUUCUUGGUGUUCUUCUUGAAGGAGGAUGGUGCCAGGUUCUUGGAUGACAAGGUCAAGAAAAUGAAGAUUUGGCUGAUGGAGUUCUCGAAGCGGACGGCUAAUCUGGAGAUUCAAGGAAUUCUGUGAAUGUUGGUGGCUUUUGGUUGAAGGAUUUAAUAGCUGCUUCGCACUCUGGUUUUUGGAGUUACUUUCUGCAUCGAGUGAAUCCAGUUCCUGUUUACGCUGGCUGUCUGAGCUUGCUUGGCUGCUGGUGUUCCCAGAGAUUUAUAAAAACAGGGUUUUCCUCCGUCAUUCCGCCGCAGCUAGUAUAUAAUAGAUGGUUCUUGGUUGUUCAUGUACUGUGUAGCUGUAUAUAAUAGAAACAUUGCAGGAUCAGUGAGUAAUUCUGUGGCCGAGUAAAGUGCAGUGGUGGAAGGCAUGUGUUACCUACUGGAUAUAAAUAUGAUGAUGUGAAUGUUCAGUUGAAAAACUUGGGUGACAUGAACUGAUGAACUAUA